GUCAAUGAUAAAUAUAAGCCGUGGAUAUUGGCUAGACUUUCAUCUGCAUUUACUCAAAUGGAUGCUGAUAUUUUGAAUCAAAUGCCAAAUAAUACUAAUGUUAAUAAAUUGGCACAUGCCAAUAUAAAUCACGAUGGUCAAUCUUUAUCUUUGUUAGCAGCAAUAUACCG